AUAUAUGGCUCCCUUCCUCAGUGUCUGCACCGGCAUCUCACUUCGAUCCUCCGAUCUCCACCAAUGGCGUUCCCCCAAUGGGCUAUAACCUUAGCAAUCGUGCUCGCCGCCGCCGUCGCGCUUAUUCGGCGGAGACGAGGAUGGACCGUUCUCAACCUGCCGCCGGGCCCCCGGCCGUGGCCCAUCAUCGGCAACCUCAACCUCAUCGGCAGCCUACCCUUCCGCUCCCUCCACGAUCUAUCCAAAAAGUACGGUCCCCUCAUGUCCCUCCGCUUCGGGUCCUUUCCUGUCGUCGUCGGAUCCUCCGUCUCCAUGGCCAAGUUCUUCCUCAAGACUCACGACAUCUCCUUUGCGUCCCGCCCCCAAACCGCCGCCGGCGAGUACACCACCUACAACUACUCCGACAUCACCUGGUCUCCCUACGGCCCUUACUGGCGCCAGGCCCGCAAGAUAUGCCUCCUGGAGCUUUUCAGCGCCAAGCGUCUCGACUCCUACGAGUACAUCCGGGUGGAGGAGGUGCGAGCCCUGAAUCGCGCCCUGUUCGCCGCCGCCUCCUCUGCCUCUCCUGUCCUCCUCAAGGACCACCUCUCCACCGUCAGCCUCAGCGUCAUCACCCGCAUGGUUCUGGGGAAGAAGUACUUCGACCCGACGGUGGAGAGCGCGAUCGUGUCGCCGGAGGAGUUCAAGGAGAUGAUCGACGAAUUGUUUCUGCUGAACGGUGUGAUGAACAUUGGGGAUUCGAUCCCCUGGCUGAAUUUCUUGGAUCUCCAAGGAUAUAUCGGGCGGAUGAAGAAGCUGAGCCGCAAGUUCGAUAGGUUCCUGGAGCACGUUCUCGACGAGCACAACGAGCGGCGCCGGCGCGAGGGUACGGAGUUCGUGGCCAAGGACAUGGUCGAUGUGCUCCUGCAACUCGCCGAUGAUCCCAAUUUGGAGGUCAAACUUGAGAGGCACGGCGUCAAGGCAUUCACCCAGGAUAUAAUUGCCGGUGGCACAGAUACCUCAGCGGUAUCUUUGGAGUGGGCCUUCUCGGAGCUCUUGCGUCGUCCCGAGGUGUUUGAGAAGGCGUCGGAGGAGCUGGACCACGUCGUUGGCCGCGGACGGUGGGUUGAGGAGCGCGACAUCCCCAGCCUACCCUACAUCCAGGCGAUCGUGAAGGAGACGAUGCGGCUCCACCCGGUGGCGCCGCUGCUGAUUCCUCGCAUCUCCCGCGAGCAGACCACCGUCGACGGCUACAAUAUCCCCGCUGGUACGCGGGUGCUGGUGAGCGUGUGGGCCAUCGGGCGGGACCCGACGGUGUGGGACCAUCCGGAGGAAUUCCGGCCUGAGCGGUUCGAGGGUAGAACGCUGGACGUUAAAGGGCAUGAUUACGAGCUGCUGCCCUUUGGCGCCGGCCGGCGGAUGUGCCCCGGUUACAACCUCGGGCUCAAGGUCAUCCAGCUCAGUCUCGCCAAUCUGGUGCACGGGUUCCGUUGGAAUCUGCCUGCGGGGAUGAAGGCGGAGGAGCUGAGUAUGGAGGAGAUAUUUGGGCUGUCGACGCCGAAAAAAGAACCGCUGCUUGUGGUGGUGGAGCCGAAGCUCCCGGUUCACCUUUAUUGACAGUUAUUAUAUAUAUAUAUAUAAAAUAAGAAUGUUCUUCGCGAGCAAUUUUAUGUGAAGCAAUUCCAAAAAUAAUAAUAAUAAUAAAGUAUGGGCUUUUGCUUAAAAAUUAUUAUUA